GGUGUGAUUAAACAACACAAAUCUACUAAGCGGUAUUAUUUCAGUCUUGAUUGUGCCGCGUUCUAGUCAGGAGGUUUCCUACGGGCCGCCAGCGUGGAUUGGUUUUACUUUUGUGUCUCCGUUUGUUGCGGCAGAGCGAAGAUAGCAAGCAAAGCAUUUGGGCGGCUUUCUGGUUUCGCAGAAAACCCACACGUUUCCAGUGCGCCGCGCGAUCUUAUUUUUCGCUAUCGGCCCGGGCGCUGCCGCCAGCUCGAUGGAUUUCAGUUGAACGGUACCCACAUAUAAUCGCAGACAACGCUGUGUUCCGUGAAAUGUAUUCCUUCGGUUCGCCGGUAUCCGGUAUGUGAUAGUAUACUAUGUGCUUAUUUGUCCAUGCUAUUUCCAAUUACUUUGCGGUUCCAAAAGUAACAAAUUGGGUCGUUCAUUGCGUGUGAAAUUUACUGCCCCGAUUGUCGAUGCUCCUCCUCACCGCACCGCAGCAAAACUUCGAAGGCCAGAGGCCACCACCAAAAAGGUUUCGAUGUCUGUUUCCGUCAUGGUUAUGUAGUGUGAUUAACGAGGUGCUAAAUUAAGUUAAACAGAAAAGUGUGAGCAAUCUAUCGCGAUAUGCAGUGCGCAUUAUUGGAGUACACUACUUCGAACCACUAAUAAGCUGUACCACUGCUCCUGUGCCAUCAAUCGUGCUACAAUCUUCACACCUAAGCGAGCAAAUGAUGCACAUUAUUACCGCAGCUUUGAUGACUAGUCAGCCCGAGGCGGAGAAAAGUACAGGUUAUCAGUGUUUCGUAAAUUGCUGAAACAGCGAAUUACCCUGAUAGUAAAUCACCUAUCGCACAAGGGCACCAAACUUCACGCGAACUUCCUUCCUUCCUCCUCUUUCUCAUGGGUGACGAAGACUUCACGAGGAAGCUUUUCAUCAUUCAUUCAUCGGAACGCAGGUGAACGUGAUUUCAGCUCGUCGAAAUCUGUCGAAUCAUCAGCGGAGCAGCAUCAAUCGAACAAAAGAACAAAUUACCGGGAUUAAUUAACCUCAAUGGCGCGGAAUGGCUUUGUAUGUCCCUAUGUGUCACCCCGACAAGUUCACCGUUUCCACUAAGUAGCAAUACUAAGGGCCACAAACGAAACGCGCUUACUGUCACUGCCAUCCAUUAACCGACCCAUUAUUCAAUGGCACUGAGAUCGCCGCUGAUUGCGCUAUCGAAGAAGGCUGCCACGAAAGACUGCCAGGCGACUUCGUUGUCGAUGGCAGCAGCAAUCGAAGUUCACGCUGGUAGUCAGCAGAUAAGAUAACAUUCAGCGAAUAGAAUUGCGUUCUAUUUGAAGAGAUAUGACCUAUUCCCGGUCCAGCUACUAUGGAGGCAAAAUCCAAAUCCGCGCGAGUAGUUCCAACAGGAGCAGUCAACAGUGAUGGCACAUCGAACCGCUGUGAAGCUUGGACCGAGAACGAACGAUCCCCGACGGCGGGGACGCCUAACGAUGACAACCCUCAGCAACCGGAAGACCUCACGGCGCCAUUCAUCCCAAAGGACAGUGAAAGUGAGUCGAGUUUCGAAGGCGAUCGGCUUUUCCGGAAGCCAACAUCCACAACAACAACAGGUCGAAUCUAUUCGAUAAGUGGAACGAAAAUUGGCGUCAAAGAUAAGCGAGCGAAGAACAACAACAGCAAAACAGGUGGUGGUAGUGAUGGUAGUGAAAAAGUGACAGACAGAAGCAAAUGUGCCAGGAAAAACGGAAGAGAUCCUCAUUGUGAUGCCAAAUUAGUAGAUAAGUUUGUUAGGACGAACCGGGCGCGAAGAAAGCGCAAAAAUGCCAAAUCCGUGCUGGUCAAACUGUGCCAAUGUUGUCCCUGGACGAUACCGUGGGCCCUGCUGAUAGUUAGUGCAAUACAGAUUUGUACAUAUAGUUUUAAUAACGAUAGCUUAUACCAACUGCUAAUAUUUUCUCCGGUACGACAAUAUGAGAUAUGGCGCUUCGUUACGUACACCUUCCUGCAUGCCGGUGCGGUGCACCUCAUGCUGAACGUCAUCAUUCAAAUAAUGGUGGCCUUUCCCCUGGAGACGGAACAGGGCCAUGCGAACGUGUUGGCCGUUUACUUCGGCGGAGUGCUGGCCGGUGGUCUUGGGGCGUCGAUUUUUGAACCAACGCAGAUGGUGGGUGCCUCGGCUGGAGUCUACUGCCUACUGAUGAGCCAUAUUCCGCACAUUCUAAUGAACUUUCAAUCCCUGUCCCACCGUUACUUCCGCCUGGUGGCUGUGCUAGUGCUGUGCAUCAGUGAUGUCAUCUACUCUAUCCGGCACUGCUUGACUAGGGGUAACCUGGCGCCGAGGAUUGGCGUUGCCGCUCAUGUCAGUGGUGCUCUCUGUGGGUUGCUGUUCGGUUUUAUUGCCUAUCAGGGUGGAAAGGUUGUAGGCUUUCGGAUUGCACGAUACCUGGCCCUGCUGCUUUACUGCGGCUGGAUUGUGGCAACGGUUAUGUAUAAUCUCCAGCGGAGAUUCUAGUGUUUUGUGAAAAUAAACCCGCAUUACGUACUAAACUAUUUAUUAGCUAGUUUUUUAGGGAGAGUGCAAGCCAAAAAUACUUACACGUGAAGCAAUCAAAAUUGUACCUAAGUAGAUAAAAGGAGAAUAAAUUAUACGAAUGAGAUU